AAGCGUGUGUGUGUGUGUGUGUGUUUACUGGCAGCCUUUAUCAGUGAGUGCCAGCACACACACACACACACACACACACCAUAAGAAACACAGUCCUCUUCUGACAACACGCAGCACUGAAGUGAUUGGUAAGCAUGAAGGGGUUUCUGCUCCUGUUUCUGAUCCUCUUGUUUGGAGGUCAAAGGUCAUCAGCAUGCCCCCACCUUUGCUCCUGUCACGGCAGUCAAGUGAAUUGCAGCAGCAGGUCUCUCACCUCCUCCUUGCUGCCCACCGGUUUCCCUGCUGGGACCACCGAGCUCCAUCUCCACAACAACCUGCUCACCAGCCUCCCCAAUGGGCUUCUGGAUGAUGUUACCUCCCUUCGUUCAGUUUCCCUUCAUGGUAACCCCUGGAUCUGUGACUGUGGCAUCCUUUACCUGCGUGCCUGGCUGCUGCGCCAGCCUUUCAUGGUCAGGUCACACCUGGGCGUCAACUGCAGCUCCCCUCCCAGUCUGAGAGGCCGGCUAGUGGUGUAUUUAACGGAGCGGGAUCUCCUGGACUCCUGCCACUACUGGUACUGCGACUUGGCUUUGGCCUCGCAGGUGUGUCUGUUUGUGUUUGUGGUGGUGCAGGCGGCUCUGCUGGUGGCUCUCCUCGUGUUCCUGAAGAGGUUCGAGAGGCUGUCCAAGGAGGCGAAGAGAACCACAGAGGAGAGUUUCACAGCAGAGGAGGGUCUGAGGGAGAACGAGUACACGCAUUUAAAGGACAGCAGCAUCUGAGGUGGAGCUGUGAUGUGUGAUUGUUUGAUACAACAAUUUAUCAUUUAUCAUUUGCACAACGGAGGAAAAAAUAUCCCUCACAGACUUUUGUGUUUCAGAUUAUAAUUCCAGAGAUUUUGGCCAAAAUCCAUGUAGUUAAAACACUGAAUUUCAAUUAUCCAUUUUUAAAGGUUUCAUGUGGUUGAAGUUUGCUUAGCAACUUGAGAUGCUUUAUUUGAAGAUUUGAGCAAAUAAAAUAAGCUAAACUGAAUACUGAAUGAGAAAUAGUUAGGUCUGGUGUACUUCACGAGUUGCUGUUUAGGUGUUUGUGUGUGUGUGUUGAUAUGUGGCAAUUUUACAUGGUUUUGAAAUCACAUUUAUUUUAAUGUUUAUGUCACAUACAGUAAUUUGUCAUUUUCUACUUAUAUAUUCUGUUAAUUGACUGUACCAUUUUGCCAUGUUUAUGUUAGUUCCAUGUACCAUUUUAGAUUUAUGAAACUUCACUCUGAUCAUCACAACACAAAACAAAUGUUAAGUUUUAAUUAAAAUUAUCUCACAUUGUAUAACAA